AGUAGUCUUUGGUUGUGAAAAACACAAAAUGAACCCAAAGUUAAUUUUUGGUAUUGUGGUUGUUAUAUUUUGUUUAGUUAAUGCUUGCAGUGCGAAUCAGGAUGAAAAAAAUUCAAAUAAUAAAACGGAAUUCCAAGUUAUUGGAAGACAGUUGGUUGAACAAGGUCGUACGCUUGUCCAUCACGCCUUCAAACGGUUCAUGAUCAUCUUACCCGCUAUAUUUUUCAAGUUAGGAAUUGCGUUUACGUUACUUAUCCUCGUUGCUUUAGCCGCUGUUAACAACGGUGUCAUCGGCUUUAUGCUUCUUGUAGUAGGACUCAGCAGUGUUCUUGCACGUUUGCAAGAAUCGAGAAGACCUGCUGCCGUUCCAGUGUCAUACAUCAGCCCUCUUCCUCCUUACCAUCAUCACGAAGUAUGGGACAGGAGUGACGUGACUGGAAGCAGAAAUGAGGAUGCCAAUAAAGCGACUUCUUAUUAUAACAGUUAUGCUGGACAAGGUGUUCAGUAUAACCCAGCUGUGGCCAGUUAUUACGCCAAAUAUGCGAAUGCAAAAGUUUAAAAGUUUUAUUUGUUAAAAUUAGUUUUGUUUCAAUGUUAUUUAUUGUGUAUACGUAUUUAUGUUACCUACUAAUUAUUAUUUAAUAUGCUUAAUUAAACGUUCUUUUUUUAUAAA